UGGCUCGCAAAGACAAUAAAACCAUGUUGCAUGCCCAGUCGAGUGUUUAGUCGACAUCGCAUUUUGCCGCAAAAUACAUUCGUGCUCGCGUUCUAUCGACAUAACUCCAUAUACCUUACAGAAAUUAGUAGUCUUGGCUCGAAAACUGUCCGAAAAGUGGUGCAACAGUGGUGGCGAAUGUGCAGCCGCGGCGUCCAAUGUCAAGGACAUUUGCGUUACAUUAACGGUCAGUGUAGACAAUAGAUGUGCUCACAAUAUAAUAUAAAUACGAACAUACUCGUAUAAAGUUACAAUUAGAGAAAAUUGCCAUUAUUCGUCAAUAUAAAAAAUUGAAAAUUCGGCAGAAUGUCAUACUCGAAUAAACGGACGAUCGCAGCUUCGGGAUUCUGUUUGUGGCUUGUUCUUUGCGUGCAAAUCUCCGCUGUGCGAUCAGCAUUGCAUUCGCGUGCGCUAUCAUCGGUUGCAAGUGGCAAUAGUAAUGCCAUUGGUGAAGGCGAAGCAGAGACAGAGGAGGCAGAGUCCGUUGCGGCUAAUGAGCCAAACUAUAAAAAGCAACAGCCUACACGUCAGAAGUCAAAUGUCAGCGCAAAAAGGGACUUUUCGGAAAAAAUGUCUUGGCAAUGUGCGAAUAAUGCCAGUUGCCUUCAUACACUAGCCAGUGACAUGUUGCAAGCUUACAAGCACGGCGAGACCAUUAGCUUGGGUUUCAUGGAUUUGGCAAAGUUGCCACCAGUGGGAGAUAAGCACAAAGAAAAAUUUGGUAAGGUCGCAACGGGCCGUGGCAUUUCGAGUUUUGUUGAUUUUAUUGGUGGAAAUGCUAUACGUAUACCAGUGGGGCCGAUGGUGUUCAGCGUGCAACGCGCGGAGGAUGAUGACAAUUACAUUGAAAUUGCGUUGCUGAAGAAGGCGAGCGGUAGUCAAGGUCGAGGUGGCCUAGGCGGCGGCGGUGGAGGUGGUGGAGAAGGUCUUCUUAGCAGUUUAGGUGGUGGUUCAGGUAUUGGCGGUGGCAAUGGUGUUGGCGGUAUGAUGGGAGGAGGAGGGGGUAAUGGCGGUGGUGGUGGUCUUCAUGGGCGAUUCCGCAAACAGAAACAGGAAAAGGACAAAAAGCAAUUCCAAAUGUACAUACCAAUGUAUUUAGCUGCAACCACAUUUGGAUGGACUAUGGUAGCUGCAAAAGCAGUCGGUUUGCUGACGCUCAAAGCAUUAGCCGUCUCCAAAUUAGCAUUUAUAGUAGCAGCAAUGGUUAUUGUUAAAAAGCUUAUGGAUAAUGCCUCGGAAAAAAUGAUGUAUCAAUUCCCUGAGCACACACCGUACAUGAUGCCAUACAGCAUGGAUUACGGCAUGCACCCCGAAAUGGCAUCGGGCGGUGAAAUGUACCCUGCCGGAUUGCAAUUAGCCGCAGCCCCCAUGCAACACCACGGCGUCGGGCAUUCAGGUAUCGAAAAUCUCGCUGCAGAAAGCAGUUUACAUCACAAUAUUGCUGAUAUGCAAAACAGUACACAGGUGUUGGCUGCGCUGAAUGCGGUACAUUUGGGACCGAAAGUAAAGCGCGAGGAUUCCUGGUUGGGAAAAAUUGGCUGGCGAAUGCCACUACGCUCCGUUAAUAGUCCAUUUAAGCGAACAUUUCACGGGCAUCCGUUUAAGCCAACUCGUUAUAAUGAAUUAUUGAUGCGCAACCAGAAUUGGCGCCGACGCAAUGACGAACAAAUAGCUGUAAAAGUGGCUUUGGCUGCAGCAGCGGCCACAAAUGAAGAAGAAGAACAGAAUGAGUUGGAAUUAGGCGAAGACGAUAUAUUCAAUGAGGAGGAGAAUAUUAAAGAUACGUUCGAGUUUUUGGGCAUGCAACUGAAUAAGAAAUCAGGAAGUGUUCAUAACCUUUCAUAUAGUUAACUAGCCAAACUUGCAUAUGUAUGUAUAUACGUGUGUAUGGUAUAUAUUUUACAAUCGGUCAAGGAAGAAGAUAAAUUUAAGUUAGAAUAAUAAACAGGCUUUUCCAUAAACUUUGUACUUUAUUUUGCAUAUCUUGGCUCAUUUUGGUGCAAGGCGGUGUUGGGUUGAGUGGAGCUGAAAUUCAUAAGUUAGGGAUGGCACAAUACUUGUAUAUUUAGUAUUAGACAAUUUAUCUUAACCUGACCUAGAAUACUAUUAGUAAAACCAAGUAAAAAUUAACUCCGGAGCCACAAGACAGCAAUGGCGUUUAUGUAUGUAUAUCUACAAAAUGCAUCUUGUUACAUCUAUAUAUCCUCGCGUGGAAUCUUGUCUCAAUCCGCAUGUAUGCGGUUUCAGAGAUGGAAGGUUUUGUGUUCUAGCCAACUGUUUUUUCAGGAGAACCCAUAAAUUUUCGUUAGAUAAUACCUCCCGCAUCCUUGAGGCAGCAGACGUGUUGUGAUUGUGACGGACCACG